UCCAAGCCCAGUGCCGACACUGCCCGUCCGGUUCCGCGACUCGAAUGCAUCGAGUUUUCCUCGCUUUUCAUCAUCUCGGUUCAGUUAGAAUUUGCUCUCGCCGCUAGACAAAGGUGAUUUUUCACGUAACCGUGCGUAAAAUUAUCAAUCCAGUGGAAGUGUUGACUGGCGUCGGGGGUCGCCUCCACUGUCGGUGUUCUUCCUGUCAAAUUUGGCACUAUCGCGCUAUCAAGAGCUGCGCUUUGUCGGAGGUUGUAGAAAGAAAAAAAAAACAGGUUGAGUUUACAAGUGGAGUGCAGUUGAAGUGCGGAACGUGGUCGCGGUUGAAAUGAUCAGUUUGUUUUAUGCGAAAUGGCUAAUGUAUUCUACGAUUUCGUAAAAACUUGUGCAUUAAGAAGGUUUUAGUGGAUGCUGAGAUCAUACAAGUGGAAGCUGCUUUUUGAAGGAGAAAUAUUGAUUGCAAAAAGCAAAAGUAGUAGUGCCAGUAGUGCAGUUUGAAUUGAUGCGGUCGUUGUUUGCUGGUGGAUGCAAAAAUAGUUCUGAUGUUUUCCCGACCCUUUGCUGCAUAGCGGGGCGACUUAGAGACCACACGUACGACCGUGCGUGUGAGUGUGUGUGUGUGUGUGUGUGUGUUCAUGCGAAACAGGUGCUACAUGCUUCUCGUGAAGUGAAAAUACUAAGAGUGUACGACGGUGCUGCUUUAUUGGCUGCAGUUCAGGAAAAGUCCCUGAGCGGUUCUGUCAUCGGGAUAAGCAAUAUUGAAACGGAAUUAGUUUUUCCUGAAACAUCUGUGAAGAAAAAGUGUUCACGGUGUUCGUUCCGCUAAAUGGCCGUGAUCUGUGUUAUUAAAACAGUGUUUGCUCAUUACAUGUAAUAUUACGCUUGGGUGGCGAGUCAUUCGAAUGUUUGGAAUGUUUUAAACUACUUGUAAGAAAAUAGAAUUUGAAGAGUGCACUGAAAUUCGCUGGUGACUACUGGCGCUUGAGGUCAUGUGAGGUUUAUGCAUUCAGUAAUCGAAUAGAUUCGAAGAAAUAAUCGUCAGUCCUGGUACAGGAGUUGCAAAUACUUACCGACUUUGUUGGCGUUGGUGUACAGUGAGGAUUCAUAGCGAAAGUAAAACAACUACCGCAGUGCUAAGCUUGUUGUAGAAGGUAUGUCAAAUCGACCACUCGUCUCGCCUUGUACGAGGGAAUGUGAUAUUACUUAUAGUCAAACCCACCCACGCGUUCCCAGCAGUGAUUGAUUGGUAUUUACCAUUUGUCUGCGACACAGCAGGUCCUUUGCGUUGCUCUAUAGCAUUGAUUACGGCGGGGAUCGAAACAGAUUUCGCUCUCUCGGACGGUGGUGACAGCACUAGUGACAGUAGUAGGUGGAAACAAUCAAUCUAACACCGGCACUGCUAACCCGUUUCAGUGUUACCGUGACAUUUUGAAAUCCCUCCGUUGACCGACCGAUUCAAGGGGAAAGGGCCGGCAGCACGAAAAAGGGAACACCAGCAGAAACCGCAAAACCCGAGCACGGAAUUCGGUCCUGGAGGACGCCGGCUGCAUUGGACGCCAUCGAGAGGGCGGCUACACAAGAAUGUGGUGCUGCUGACGCUGCUGCUGAAUGUCCCUGUGAACCGAACAACGAUUUUGCAGUAACAUCCCAAGGGAGUUGCUGUGGUGGUGGUGCCGCCGUGGUUGUGUGUUUAGUUGGACCAUCCGUCCCGGCACAUGGGAUCCCAGUGAAGCUUCGAUCCGGAAGUGCCACCGGCUCCUGAGGUGGUAAUCAAUUAUUAUAAAACCGAAUCAUAGUACGGUAGCGGUAAUCCGUGAAACUGGACUGUAAUAAAAGUCAUCUCCUGGUUUCAAGGAGUAGUUUAGUGAGAAGUUUGAUCAAUCAACUCUUGUGGCAUCUAUGGCAGCUCUCUUUUCGUUGUACCUUGUACCAGGGCCAGGUGGAAAUAAGGCGUAUCUUAUUUGAAGUUGUGAUUAAAACAAAAUUGUUAGAACAAGAGCCAUCUUAGUUUAAAUUUUUAAAUCCGAUGUGGUAUGAAUAAUUGAUUGUAAACGGAAGGAUUCUUUAGAUAGAAUGAUGUCAGAUUUUAGUAGAGUCUUUGUAAUAAAGAUAAGCGUAAGAAGUAUAGUAAAUUACUGUGUCAUAAGUAUGAAAGUAGAUAACAAUGCGUGCUUAAAUCGAGACGCGAUAGAAGAAUAAGUAAAACAGAAAAAAUCACACCAAACUACACACAAACACACACGCCAUCCAAAAUCCAGAGGCAACCUUUUUUUGCUGGUCCUUAUAUGGACGCUAGAGUAGAGAUCGUGCGACUCGUCAAUGAAAUCACCGUCGAAAGCGAGCACCGUGUGUCUUCGCCGAGUUCCAGUACAGUUCCGGGUAUUGACGCGGUACCGAUUUUCGUUGAAGGCACCAUCCAAACGGUAGCACCGUUCGCCCUGUUGAGUCUGAACCAAACGUUGAGCCACACCGUAGCCGGCGAUGCUGGCGGUCCUGGUGGCUCCAAUGCGCUCGGUGUUGCCGCUUUCGGCACCUCGACAACGGCGGAAUCGGUCAUCGCAUCGACACUAGCCGGGAAAGCGCUCGAUCACGAACCGGAGAUCGACACGAUCCGUAAGGUGGUGAUAUGUAUUGUUCUACUAGCUGUGAUAUUCGGUACCAUCGUGGGUAAUAUUUUGGUCUGUGUUGCCGUUUGUCUGGUACGGAAGCUCCGAAGACCAUGCAAUUAUCUACUAGUUUCGCUGGCGGUGUCCGAUUUGUGCGUCGCUUGUCUGGUGAUGCCGCCUGCCCUAAUGUACGAGGUCUUAGGUGAGUGGAACUUUGGCCGAGUCUUCUGUGAUAUCUGGGUGUCAUUUGAUGUGCUGUCGUGUACGGCGUCGAUCCUGAACCUGUGCGCCAUAUCCGUCGAUCGGUACUGGGCCAUCACCAAACCGCUGGAGUAUGGCGUCAAGCGAACUCCCCGUAGAAUGAUGCUUUGCGUUGCACUGGUUUGGCUGGCAGCUGCCUGCAUUUCGCUGCCCCCACUAUUAAUACUAGGUAAUAAGCACACGAUCGGCGAGGGGAACGACCAGCGCCCGUUCUGCGCCGUUUGUGAAGAUGUAGGUUAUCAAAUUUACGCCACCCUGGGGUCGUUCUACAUUCCCCUGGCGGUGAUGCUUUUUGUAUACUAUCAGAUAUUCCGAGCCGCCCGACGAAUAGUGAAGGACGAAAAGCGGGCCCAAACAAGACUGGAAAAUUCCCUCGCGGUGGACAAAAGCCAAGCCAUGCUGAAACCACCGGAACCGUUGACGUCCGUCGGGUCGCCGCACCAGAAAAAACUACGCUUUCAGCUAGCCAAAGAACGCAAAGCUUCCACCACCCUGGGCAUCAUCAUGUCCGCCUUCACCAUCUGUUGGCUCCCGUUCUUCAUCCUGGCACUGGUUCGACCCCUCAUGGACGACGACUAUCCUACCCUGUCGUCGUUCUUCCUGUGGCUCGGCUAUGCCAAUUCGUUGCUGAAUCCGAUCAUCUACGCGACGCUCAAUCGAGACUUCCGGAAACCGUUCCAGGAGAUCCUGUACUUCCGCUGUUCAAAUCUGAACAUUCUGAUGCGGGAGGACUUCUAUCACAGUCAGUACGGGGAGCCCGGCUCGCAGCGGUUCGUGCUGGACAACGAGGGCCAGCAAACGGCGCGGGAGAGUUUCCUCUGAAAUGAUACAAUCAGUGCACCGCUAUGCACAACACACCCACGCCACAUACCGAGCGACCGACGAGAGUGACCUGCACCUAAUUACAGUUCCAUAUUAGUAGUAGUAGUAUUAUUGGUACUAGUAGUAGCAGUAGUAAUUGUUGUUGUUGUAGUACUAUAGAUAGUAGUAGAACUCGUAGUUUCUGAGACGUGCGUGUUUCGUUUUUUUUACACGGUACUAAUAUUGAAAAAGGUUUCCUACUUUUGCAGGAUUCAGAUGUAUUUAAUCAUACGAAGGUAUUCCAACGGCCGUUGCUAUUAGAUCAGAUAGUUGUCGAGGCUAGGGAAUGGAACUGUAGGCGAGAACUUUUCUUUGAUUCGAUGGCGCAGUAGAUCCCGGGUGGAGGAACAGUCUUAGAUGAUGAUGAUGAUGGCAUGGACUGAGAAAACCGCUCAAUAGUGUAAGACUGUAAACAAGUAUCCGAAUAGAUCGCAUGGUGGAAUUUAUUAAAUUAAUAAUGUUUCACUCGGCUCAAUUAAGCACUGCACCACACGUCAUUUAAGGUAAGGCUAGAAUGAAUAAUCACAUCGUUAACCAGAAUCGUUAAUCGAAGCAAAAUCGAUCCGGAAGCUAGCAAAAUUUCAAACCAUUGAAUAAUUUCGCUGUUCUAACUAAUUGCCUUAUUUACAAACAGUUCAAAGUGUUGAGCAUCUUCGACGAAAUUUAUUAUCUUCAAAUUGGAACCCUUGUUUGGCCUUGCCUUAAAGACGUACUUUAGUUAAUAUUAUCAUGCUUUUGGUGGAUGGUGAACUGGCAGGUUUUUCUUGAAUUACUUAUUGCAUAAGGUUCAUCAAUGUCGAAAGCAGUAAAACAAUGCGAAUGCUCGUGAAAAUGUAUGAAAAAUUUCUAGGACAUGACCACUUAUUCAAGAUAUCGCAUCAGUCACUGGAUCAAGUUGAACUGCUAUGUACGUGAAAAAUUAAAUAUAACAGUGAAGUUGUAAGUAUUUCUUAAAAAAAAAUUACAAAAAUGAAGAUGUUCGGAAGAGUUUCUUCGAAAUCGCACCCUGGAAUGGUCAACCACAGCUUCUAUGUUUUCGCAGUUGCCUAGUAUUUUUCUUUAGAGUAGAGUUGAUGGUAUUUUGGGUGAAUUGAUGAUUGUUGUCAACGAAAAAUAGCGUAGUGUUGCAUAUAGGGGAAAAUAUUGACGAAUUUCGCACUAAAUCGUAUCCAGAGUUAGCAGAACCCUUUAAAAUGAAACUUACUGUACAUGAAGACAAACUGGCAAAUUCUCCAAAAAAAGUUUUGUAUGAUUGAUUUUACAAAAUUAUUCAAGUUUUCGAAUAAAAACAAGGAAAAAAUUCUGAACGACUCCUACACUGAAAAAAAUCGAUUUUAUAUAUUUAAAGCCGAUUUCCAAAAAAAAAAAACAUAUUUGAUUUGGAUGAAAUUUUGUUACAAGAUAGGUGAUUAUGUUCCCCAUCUUCAGUCAAAUGACCACUUUUAGGGAAAAAAAGUUAUUUGAUAAAUAAAAUUCUUUUUCUUCAAACUGAUUUUUUGCAGUGUAAUUUUAUCGAAAACUAAACCAACGAAAGUCAGAAUUAUCUCAGAACCCUGCGGAAUUCAAUUUUUCAUCAGAUUUGACAGGUUGCUUCAAUUUUAUAUUAGAAUAUUCCAGCUUCUGAUAAGCUAAUUUUGAUAACUCCCUCCAGACAUUAAGGAAAAUGAAAGUACCUAUUAGGUUCACAGAUAGUGUUGCUACGUAUGAGGGAAAUCAAAGAUGUGUUGAAUGAAAUAUAUAAUUUCAAUUCGUCAUAAGAUGCUUACGUUCUAAAGCAAAAUGAUGAUUGAAUUUCAUUUAUAGUAAUUUUGUUAUACACGAAACCACCCGCGAUCCCAUUUCAACCAAAAUAUUAGUUGAUUUUCGGAAUUCGAUUGGUUAAAAUUUGGUACAACUAAUCGAUUGUUGUUUUAACUAAACUGUCAUUUUUGUUUUCCGAUUAGCAGAAACGAUGGUUGAAACAACUAAUUUAACUGUUUGAAAAAAAAAACUGCUGUCAAUUAGUGAGGACACAUACCUUUCAAUUUCAACAAAUAUUUUAGUUGAAAUAACUGGUGUUGUUAUUGAAACAAAUUUCUGUUAGUUGAAAAAUAAAUCGGUUUUAUUUGUUUUAGACAUUGCAAAUAGUUGAAUCAACUCUGAUUCGAUCGGAAAUGAUUGAUGUAGAAAAACUUUUUUAAUCAGCAAAAGUGCCCGGAGGGCGAGUAAAUUAGCGAAAUUAUUAAAUUUACCUAAAAUGAGUAUUGAAAGAUGAUGCCUUCAAACGGUUGAACUAAAGUUAUGCACUGAUAAUUUUAGUCAAUUUAUAUGAGCUUGGGUGCAUCAACCGCCGGGAAUUGGAAUUUUGCGACGGCAAUUCAAACGCGCCAUUCAAUCGCAGCGCGUUCUGUGUGUUUGAAACCCUUCGCUCCUGUUACUUUUAUAAAUUAAAUUCAUGUCAAAAAGCGUUUUAUUGCUAAUGCAUGAACAUCAUCAUCGUUAUCAAACAGCAGGAAGUAAAACAAUCUUCUAGAAGUAAAUCAAUGAUCGAAUUUGAAGCAUAAAAUUUUUGCGCAUACCUGAAAGAUUACGAGAUGAUCAUUCAUUAACAUUUUCUAAUUUGUCACCGAAUCUUUUUCAUCUUAAACAAGGUUAACUUUAUCACAACUCCGCUGUUAGAUAAACACUUGUUAUCAUAAAUUUCCCAAAUCGAAUGAAUAUAAUUUCACCAAACGCUUUAACCAUCGAUGUUGUUUUCAUUGUCAUUUUGAAGCGAAGCGAACAGAUUUCAACUAAAGAAGUUGUUGAUUUUGCAUUGCGAUUAUUGUUUUCCUUUCAACUGUCUGACAGCAUUCAAAACAACAUAUUUUUCAACUACUUGAAUGCAAAUCAAAAAAACCAUAUUGGUUGAAUCAAGAAGAAAUGAGUUAAAUCAACUAUCGCAAAAAUCAAAAACUGCGAUAUCGCAAUUUUAUGAUCGAAAGGUUCUCCGUGUAGUUUCUAUUACCAUGUUAUUAAGUAUUGCCGUAUCGUGCGGAUUUACUUUUACUUACAGUUAAAACCAGAGUUAUGUACGCUAAAUUCAAUUUAUUUUGUGUGAGCAAACCCGAUAUAAAAACCAGAUUUGCAACUGGCUCGGUUCUCAGUUCAGUGAUGUUGAAACUAGUUUCGAAACUGGCUUCGAACAAACGGUUUGACAAAAGUUCGGGUGGAAACUGGGUUAGGUUUGGCAUCAAGUGAAAACGACAUUAGUAUCGUCGGUAGUAGAGUGCCUUGAACCAGAGUGACGACAGCUUGGAAUGACAACUUUGUUCCAAAUCAGCAAACGACCUGUCAAAUACAAUGUGAAACUGACGAAACUGCCAACAUUUCGGAUUAAAUGUUUUGAAUAGUUGCCAACAUUACGGAUGAGAUUUCGUCAAUCUGGUUUCAGGCACUCUAGUCGAUAGUAAACAUAAUCGUUUUAUAAAUAUUAAUUUCAAUUCGAUUUACGUUUAGUUUGUUUUCAAUUGCUAUCAAUCAGAGUUUAAAAUUGUCACGCAUUCUCAAUGAAAGAAUCCAAUCCAACAGCCUCAUUUUCAAUAUUUUACUGUCUCAUUCGAAAAUGACCGACACAAGAACAAACGAAGAGAGACGAAGCCAACGUCGCUCUUUCCUGUAUGACAAGACGAAACCAAACUAACGUCUGCAGAGAGCAUCAACAGAAUUUAAAUUCUCCCAGAACCUCUUUGGAAAUCAAAAAUACUACAGAUUAGAUCACCAACAGAUAAAAAGUCAUUGUGAAACCUUUUUUCUGUCAUUUUCGAUUCUUAAAGCUUCGGUUGAAUAUCGUCACUGCGUACUAUGGGAUUUACACUGAAAACCGCAAAUGACUGAGAGAGCAAAUGAAAGAAAGAACACAAUUUUGAAACUACUGUUCCGCUUAUGUCAUUGACUAGACAUGGAUUUCGUUCUCAUAGCUUACAAACGAAGCUGAGAGUGACAUAAAUUUCUCAUCAUUUUCGUCUAUUUUGUGUCAGUAAAAAUGACUUUUAUUUGCUUUGAUCAUGACAUUUAACAAUAAUUAAAUGUUAAGAAGAGAGAGACUGUGCUGUGGUGGGCUUCACACGAAGAGAGAGAUCAAAAAGUGUGGUAUAGAUUAUGAGGGUUGUAUUUAAGGAGUGUAUCGAAAAUAAGCUAUGAACAUACAUUUGUGUUGUACGCAUGUAUUUGUGAUGCUUUUUUAUGCUCAGAUCGCAGCAUGCUGUGCGUAUGGCUGUCAGCUUUCGAUUAUUUACUUGUUUGUGCGGUUGAAAUUCUACGUUUUCAAAAUGUCGCGUAUUGAAAAAAAAGUGGAAAUUAAAGUUCUGGACACAUGGCUAAGUGAGAAGGGUAUUACUAUGCGAAAAUUUGCGAAGCGGUUUGGAAUUCAUUAUGCCAGUGUUAAAAACAUAAUUAAUAAGUUUAAGGAACAUUAUUCUUAGGAUGAGCAGAAAACCCGGUUCAUCCAACCCGAAACUGGACCAGAAAGUUAUAUCUCUAAUUAUGAAGCACAAAUCAAUGUCAAUACGUGAUUCGGUCAAAAAAGCAGGAACGAGUGUCGGAAUGAUCCAGCGUAUCAAGAGGCGAAAUCACCUGAAGACCUACAAGAAGCAGAAAAUCUCGGAACAAACUGUAAAACAGAAGAAGCAAGCAGCAACAAGGGCCCGGAAAUUGUAUUCGCGUCUUUUGCAGGGUCCGGAUGCAUGCGUUUUGAUGGACGAUGAGACUUAUGUAAAAGAGGACUCAAAAACCCUUCCAGGUCCACAAUGCUUUACUGUCGGCCUUAAGGAGGAUGUGAGUGAUGCGGACAGGUCGAUUCAAGUGGAGAAACUCGAUCGAAAGGUACUGGUAUGGCAAGCAAUAUGUUCCUGUGGUUUGAAGUCAACCAUUUUUUACACUACCGAAACUAUAAAUGCAGAAAUCUAUCGAUCUGAGUGUUUUCAGAAGAGAUUGCUGCCCUUAUACAAGAAGCAUAGUACACCUCCACUGUUUUGGCUGGAUUUGGCGUCGACUCACUAUGCGAAAAGCACUCUCAAUCGGCAUAGUUUAUUUUCGAUACACUCCUUAAGACAGCACCAGUUCACCAGAUAAAUCUCUUUGAUAAUGUUUUUUUUGUCGUGAAUACGACUUACUUUACUAUGGGGUGCCUUUUCAAAAUUUACCCUCUGAGAGAGUGAUAAGUUUUUGAUCGUGAAUAUCUCUUGUUGUAUCUAACGAAUCAACAUCAUUUUUGCUACAUGCCAUCGGAAAUAUGAUCACAAUUUUAUGAUAACAUUUUCAGUUGUGUGACAUAAUCUCAAAUAGCUCAAAAUUAAACUUUUCUUAAAUGUUUGGUAUAAACGAGUAUCAAAGAGGAUAAUUCAUAAGGCGCGUUUGCCUUUCUCCUAUUUUGAAAGCUCUAAGCUCAGUGAUCUGUAAAAGGAUUUAUAUAAUCUAACUACCCAUAGAAUCGAAAAUGUUCAACUUGAACGUGUAUAGCAACAGCAUUGAAGUAUUUCAAUAGUACACUAUUGAAAUACCUGUCUCAUUUGACCCAUGUCAACACCAGCCAACCAGAACGCGUUCUGAGGAAGAGGACAAAAUAUCUGCUGCUUCGUUCGAGACAAUGUUCCGAACAGCGUUUAAUAUCGUAGUGAGUUCUACAAUUUGGUCAUUCUGAAAGGCAGGAAUGAAUCCCGUACAGCAUCCGGAAAGUUUCUUUCAAUGAAAUGCAAAUCCGAAAUGAAAUAUCGAAAUUAAAAUUCUAUAUGCUGCUAUUUUUAUAGCCGUUAGGACCGCUCAUUAGUGAAAAAGCUACAAACGAAAUCAGGUAAAAACAAGCCUCUCAACAAAAAUUGGAUCAGUUUGGAUUCUAUCGCCACUGCGAGCAGAUGUAUUUUGUGUCGUUUGCAAAGCGAGUUUCGCCUCCGACAAGAACGAUUACGUCACAGCUGCCAGUCAUUUGUUUGUAUUGGUGAAGAAGCAACGGUGGAGAGCAUUACACAAAAUCAGCAGUUCUAAUGGCUCUAAAAGUUUUCUAAAGAACUGUUAGGAUUUGUCUUUCGCAAAUCGAAAGGAAAUAUCCUCAGUUUAGUGCAAAUCUAGAACAGUUUGGUUGGAUUUGUGCACUUUCCGCUGUGUGAAAUUCACAGUAAUCGAGAUCAUGUGAAGCCUUCUUCGUUUUUGCGAAAAAUGUGGAAAAGGGGAAUGUUUGCAUAAUUCAUACAAUUGAUCAACUAAUUGAUAUUCGGAAGUGUUAAGGAACAUGUCAGUUGUUUUCGUAUUCACGACAUCCAGUUUUGUCUCUGACAUUACCCACCCGCCUUUUUCAAAUUGUAGUUUAGUUAAUAAAACGGAAAAAAACUUAUCACCAAAAAUUAAUUCUUUCUGAAAAUUUUUGCCAAUAUUUUUACACUGAACGAUAACGUCAAAACAAACUUCAGAGCAUAUUGAAUUCAGAGCGAAUUGAAUUGGCUGAAUGAACAUUUGUCCAAAAGUUUUGAAGUACACCGAGGUCUCUUUUUAGGUAGGAUAUACUGCCCGUACUUGCAUAUCAGUCCCAUAUGGAAAAUCGGCAUGUCGAGGAAAAGACGAUUUUAUUUUAUUUCCGAAUUUUUUGAUUUAUUGUGCUACCUAUUGCUAAAUCCUAUCAUUACUUGAAAUAUCGGUAAUACACCUUUGCUAGGGUAACGAGGUGUUUUGGCCCACUUUAGGAAUAUCCACCAAAUGUUAUAAUAUCAUUAAAAACGCUUUCCACAAUAGGUGAUUUAAUGUGAUUAGCUUCAAAUUGAUGUAAUAUGAGUUACUUAACAUCUAUUAAAUUCAUAAAGUUUGUUAGGUGGGCCAAAAUAUAUAAAGUGGCCAAAAUACCUCUGUUACCCUAUUCCAAUAUUGCAACAAGUGAAAUUAUCGAAAUUUGCACUGAAUGGUACUGAUAUGCGGGUCCUUUGCAUAUGGGACAGGGAAGAGUUGAUAUUUUUUUCACAUUUUACUGAACAAACUCUCAACUUUUAUUGCAAUAUCUGAGAGUAUAUUGAGGAAAAUCGAUAUGGGACUUAAAAUUGGCGAAAAUCGAUAUUGGACAGAUAUGCGAGUAUGGGCAGUAUACGUACCGCGUAAAAAAAUCGCACAAAUAAUGCGUAACUUCGGAAAUUCGCGUAAAAACCGUGUAACUUCGGUAACAGGCGUAAAAAAAACGCAAAAAUUUUCUUUUUAAUUCGGCUUUGGGACUUUUGAGAUUUCCGAAAAGGUAAAAAAUUUUGUAUGCCAAAUGUCUUAGAAAUACAUGCAACGUUUAGAUAUGGUGUAAUCUCGAGAAAAUUUUUUUUUUGGAAAACAGAAACGACUAUGGGAUUUGAAGAAUUUGAGACCGCGUUACUUCGGAAAUCCGCGUAGAAUGAAACCGCAAAAUUGAAGAAUUUUUUUGAUGCCAAAUGUUUAAGAAAUGCAUGAAACGUCAAGAUCUGGCGUAAUCAAAUAAUUUUUUAAUCGAAUGUUUUAGAAAUGUCUUUUUUUUUGCUUUGAGAAAAAUUUCGGGAUACCUAACGCUCGAAUAUUUUUUUCUCAACAUACACUACAUUUUGCAGAAAAAGAGAUAAAAAACCUGCACACCAGCUUUAAAAAAACAGUGCAUACUUUAUUUACAAUUGGAUAAUAAUUAUUAGAUGAUUUAUUUUCAUCAUCUCAAUGGAUUUUUCCAUUUCUCAAGGAAAAUGAAAAGUUUUAUUUAAAUAAAAAAACACGAAAUAGGAAAUAAUCAUCCAUUUCGGCACAUUAUGACACAUUUGUACCGUUUGAAUCGUCCACUAUUUUCAUUUCUUUUUUAGGUGAAAUUUGACGAAGCAGUUCAUGUUUUGUUUUGAGAAGCGUCAAAUGACAGUUUCUCUUUGUUUACUUGUCGUUUCGCGAAAUAUCAACACAGUAAUAAUCGAAAAUGAAAGUAAACAAAGAAUGGCUUUCAUUCGCAGAUAGACGCUUUUGCAGAGAUGCCAGGUUUACAGACUAAUCCCUUACUGUUGUAUUUAUAUUCACUGUAUGAUGCAACUGUUUUCUUUGACGUUUAUGCCAUGUUCACAUUAGCGCUGACAUCUUGAUAUACCGUAAUGAUAUACAUAUCAAGACAAAGUAUUCACAUAUGAAUUAAAUAAUAUUGUUUGAAAUCCGCGUAACAUCGAAGAUCUACGUAAAAAAACUGCAUAAAACUUGUAAUAUGGGGUGAUGCUUUUAUCUUUUGCUGUAGUGAGAUACAGUUAAUCAUGUUUGAAAUGCAAUCGUAAGUUUCGUGCACGAUCCGUCUGAUAUUCGACUUUUCUGGAUUACUUUUGUGUCUUAAGAUCAAAAAUUCCGGCCGCUGUCAAAAUUUCUCAGACGAAAUUGGUUAUUUCGCUUUUCCUUCUUUUUUUGUUCGACUUCAUUUGAUAUACGUCAAUCCCGCAUGUAAACACGAAUCUUGAGACGAGAUAAAUGAGAUUGAAAUAUGGAUUAUUGGUAAUAACAUUUUCCAUAUUAAGUACAGGGUGUCCCACGAAAAAUUUCAAAUUUAAAAAUUCGAUAAUAAAAAAAAACGGUUUGAUAGAUUUCAAUGAGUAUACAUUUAUUCGAAAGAUUGAUUCAUGAAAAUUAUUUAUGAAAAAUAAUUUCCUUCAAUUGACAGUAGUCAAUCCGAUCCACCCAAUUUUUGAAAACAUUUUCAAUUGAUUCUGGCCUUAUGUCGUCAAUAGCAACUUGAAUUUCGUGCUUGAGCUCUUCAAUUGUUUCUGGAUAGUUGGCGUAACAUUUAUCCCCAAAAAAAAAAAUCCAGCGGCGUCACAUUGCGGCUUAUCGGAGGAAAAUUUACAAUCACCAUUUCUGGUGAUUAUUCGAUUUUCAAAGAUUGUUCGCAGAUUGUUUCGUUUUCAUUAAUCAACCAUUCAAAUAACUGUAUAAUCGUUCAAACCGUUUUUUUAUUAUUGCAUUUUUAAAUUCGAAAAUUUUCUUGGACAUAUGAAGGGCAAUAACUAAUUGUUCUUCAUAUGUACUUUUAAUUGAAAAAUCAAAACCAAGGCGCUUAAAAUGUAGAAUCGAUUCAAAGCGGUUCUUCCAAUCUUCCAAUCUUCCGGAGUUCUGGCAAAAUGCCGAAAAAAAUGGCUGGCAGACAUAGCCAGCCGUCUGGGGGGAAAUCUGCCCACCAUGUAUAAGUGGGCUAUUGUGGUUUAAGUUGAAGUUAAAGAGAGCGAAAAUUCUAUGACAAUUACAAUUCCGUUUUUCAGUCCGUCUGGGAGACAAUCCGGGUAUGCAUGGGUGAAAUUCGUCUUCGCAGACUUGAUGUUCGAUUACACAUUCGAAUGUUUCUUGGAAAAAACUGAUUUUAGGAAACUGAGAACUUAAAGUUGAAUGAAGGAAAAACAGGAUAUAAAUCGUAAAAAUAAAAGUAAUUCAGGUUCAUUUCGAUUUUUUGAUUUUUUUUGUGUUAAGCCGUUCAGUUCACCCGAAUCCACGAGAACAAUGAAUAUAUACCAAUAAAAGUAAUAUCAAAUUGUGAAAGGUUCACGUGGUAAAGUGGUAGAUGAACAGUAGGUGUAUCCGUUAUUAGAAUCCAUAAGCUAAUAUAAACUACAUAAAAAAACGCAAUCCAAACAAUGCAACACAAACGCGUCGAUAAUUAUAAUUUAAAUGCGAAAUAGAAUUGUCUGUUCCUAUGACAGAAAGAACAAAAAAAAAGAAAUAAUGAUGAAAUAAUAUUAACUCAACAAUGCAUCAAACAUUCGCAAAAAUGUUCAAUGCAGAAGUUGCAGCUAACAGAUUCAAUGUCAAUAUUAUCCAUGUACAAAAUGAAACAAUGUGAAUGGUAGACAAAUCAAUGCCACCGUCAAACUAAUUGGGGCAUUGUUCCACCAUGAAUCGAUAUCAUUGUAAGCCCUUAAUGUAAACAGUAGCACACAAGCUAACCUAGAGAAAAAAAAGCUCUUUUAUAAAAUAUCCUAAACAUCAAUAUAAGCCUACAUUAAAAAACGAAUCGAAAAACGGUCGAAUGGAUUAGGUUCUAACAACGUGCAAUUUUCGCUGUUAUAUACGAAUGCAACUCUCACACACAAACACUAACACACAUACUCUAAACACUGAAAACGUAAGAUGGCGACUAUUUAUUGUUAUUUAUUUAGGUAUCUGUAAUGGGUUUAAGGGGGAAAGGGAUCAGUGCAGCUAAUCUGAGAUAAACAAAAAAUACAACUCUUAUAGGAAAAUUUUAUUAAUGUCUAUUUACCGGUUUAGAGACAAUUAUUGAGAAAAUUUAUCUACACUAUCAGCAAAAACAAAAGGAAGAAAAGACAAACAGAAAGCUGUAACGGAAUGAUAGAAGUGACGUCUACGGAACCGUGGAAAAAUUUUAUCAUUUUAAAAACUUUUCGGCCAGGAAAAUUGGAUUAGUGAAUAAAUUGAAAUCCAGAUUCUAAAAUAUUUGUUUAAUAUGUUGAAACAAGAACUUCGGCGCUUUGAUAUGGUUUCGUAGAGAUCACUUUUUCAUUUCCUCCAAUCAUCUUAACCUACGAUAGGACAGGACAGGAGAAUAGUAUUAUAUUUUGAUAUAUUGUUUUUGAUUAUAUUUCUAAAUUUAACUCAUGCCGAAAAAGCACUGACAUGAACAAAAAAAAAUCUACUUCCAAGUCCUGCCGUAGGUAAUAAACGUUUGGGAUCAUUCGGCAAAAUAUCGACUUGAAACUCUCUCGAGCGAAAUGCUGCACCCGGCAUCGGCCAGAGGGCGCACUCUGUUAUGUUUGUGAAAUUCGGUUUUACUCUUAGGUAAAUGUACGAUGAAAGUAUUUACUACAGGAUGAAUGAGUGAAUGGUGAUUAUUAUGAUUUAAUAAUAAUUGAAAUCGAACGCAGAAUCAACUGGAAUAAAUACACAUGAGAAUGUAGAUCAAAGAAA